AUGAAUACCAAAACGAUGCGUCUCCCACCACGUCGCGUUUUGACACCAAGCAAGCGCAAAGAGAGAGAGGGUCCUGAUACUCUCAAACCGUCGACCCCAACAAAAUUAACCAAGCCGACUCCAUCUCAAGCCGGCUCGGACAAAGUCCUGGAUUCGGCUUCAUCUAAUCAGCUCCUAGCCGGCUAUUUAGCCCACGAGUACCUCACCAAGGGCACCUUUUUCGGACAACCUUGGGACCCGGCUCGAGCGGAGGCGGUCCCAGUAUCGUCUGGUGUGGAUCCAAUCCCGGACAAGCCGAGCCAUGGAGCAGAAUCCGAGUCGACUGGGAAAGCCGAGCCGAAUAAAGAAAAUUAUCAGAGGUACGUGGAGACCCGGGACGAAAUUGGAGAUUCUCAAGGUAGAGGAGGUGGUGGUGGGCUACCGCUGGCGACAGUGGUGAAAAAUAGAGAUUCAGAGCUGGCGAUGGCGCGAAUAGCUGACAACUUAGUCCCACCUUGUCUACAAUACAAGAAAAGACAUCACUUCAUCAUUAAGACCGGCUUAGCACUUCUACCAUUAGACAGAUCACGCUAUCUGAACCGUCGAUUGUGCCUUACUUCUCAUUUUACACAACCUUACUUUGACCAGAAAAUGAAAAAAACAUUGAGAGGAAGAGGAAGAGAGGCUCUUAGACUCGCGAUUAUCGCAUCAGAACCAACCACCUUCAAGGUUAGCUGGCAGAUGGACCUGCUAGGAGUUGUUUUUGGUUAG